AUUUGAUUUAGAUGAUGAUUGACAUUGAUGAUAAAGAAAUAGACGAAAAACAUGAAAUUCCAGUUUAUCCACUUUUUUAACCAGAUCAAUAUAUAAUAGAAGUGAGAAACGUUCAUAAAACUUACUUAUUAGGUUUGGAAGGUGUUACUGCAUUAAGAGGUAAUAAUAUGGUAUAAAUCAAUUAGGAGUAUCAUUUAAUGUUUAGGAGAGAGAAUUCAUAACAAUAUUAGGGACAUCUGGAUGUGGGAAGACUACAUUACUUAAUCUAUUAGGUAGUAUAGAUUUACCUACAAAAGUAUAAUUAAUAAUUAUUAAUGUAAAAUAGGGUGAUGUAAGAAUUUGUGGUCAAAGAAUAAGAGCAUCUACGGAAGAUAAAUUCUUAGCAUCACUCAGAUUAUCAUCUUUGGGAUUUGUAUUUCAAACUUUUAAUUUAAUUACAUCAUUGACAGCAUUAGAGAAUGUAGAACUACCUAUGAUUCUUAAAGGAACAUUAAAUAAAGCUGAAAUUAGAAAUAAUGCUAUGUAAUUAUUAGAAUAAGUUGGAUUGAGUGGAAGAUUAAAUCAUUAUCCAAAUUAAUUAUCUGGAGGAGGUAAAGAUUAAUAUAUUUAAUUUUAGAAUAAUAAAGAGUUACUAUUGCAAGAGCAUUAGCCAAUAAUCCAUCUAUAUUAUUAUUAGAUGAACCAACUGGAGAUUUAGAUACUAAAAAUUCAGAUUUAAUUAUGAAGAUCAUUAUUGAUUUGAACAUUGAAAAAGGAAUUACAAUUAUAAUGGUUACUCAUGAUACCAAUUUAAAAAAUUAUGCCACUAGAACUAUUAGAAUGUUAGAUGGUAAAGUUGCUAACGAUGAAGUAAUAAUAUUAUCAUAUUUCAUUUUUAGAGAAAUGAUAAUGAAAAUAGGAAUAAACAUAUUGAAGAUUUAAAUAAAGUUAUUAGAUAAUAUUAAAAUGUCGAUUUUGGAGUUCGUGCUGGAACUCGUGAAGAAAAUAAAUAAAGGUUAUCUUUUAUUCUUAUUAAUAUAGUUCAUCCAAAACUGAAAAGAGACAACCUAAUAAUUAUAAAGUCUUAAAUCAUCUUUAUACUUCUAAUAGUGUUUUAAAUAAUCGAUUAGAACUUUAAACAUAAAUUUAAUAAUUUAACACACCUAAGCAACAAUCAAAUCCAAAUCUAUUUAUUUAAAACAAAGAAUCAAUCUAGGAAUGA